AUGGAUGCGUUAGCACUAAAGACGGAUGCCGGACAUGGUCUUCUCGCACGGUACCGCAGGACGCAGAACAGUGGCGAUCUCGAACAAUCCACAAACCACUUUGAACGCGCAUUAGAUCUCUGUCCCAUGGACCACCCUUACCGUCCUGCAGCACUGUUCAAUCUAGCCACCGCAAAGUUUAUUAGUUGCCAAGCUAACAGGGCAUACCUCGACCUUGACAUUCCCAUCUCUCUUUUUCAAGACGCACUUGAUUUGCGUGCCACUGGUCAUCCAGACCGACCCGUCACCCAACUCCAUCUUGCUAUUUCUUUACUACUGCACGCUCGCUUCCAGCGUCGAGGCAACGACAAAGACUUGGAUCAGGGUAUCGCACUUCUGCAGGAAGUGCUGCCCUUGUUCCCGGUCGGUCACGAAGAACGGUAUGUGGCAUUAGAUAACCUCGCGGGUCAACUCUCUACCCGCUUUGGCAACCGAGGCAACGACGAAGACUUAGAUCGGGCUAUCGGACUUUACAAUGAAGCGCUGGCCUUGUGCCCGAUCGGCCAGACAGAUCGGUCCAUGUUAUUAAGUAACCUCGCGACUGAACUCACCACCCUCUUUUGCUACCGAGGCAACGACGAGGACUUAGAUCAGGCUAUCGCACUUGAAAGUGAAGUGUUGGCCUCGCGCCCGGUCGGUCACCCAGAUCGGCCGUUGUCAUUACACAACCUUGCCAUUAGUCUCUCCACCCGCUUUGACCACCGAGGCAACAAUGAAGACUUGGAUCAGGCUAUCGCGCUGGAGAAGGCAGCGCUGACCUUACACCCGGUCGGUCACAAAAAUCGAUCCUAUGUAUUAAAUGGCCUCGCGGGUCAUCUCUCCACCCGCUUUAAGCACCGAGGCAAUGACGAAGAUUUGAAUCAGGCUAUUGCACUUCAGAGGGAAGCGCUGGAUUUGCGCCCGGUAGGUCACACAGAUCGGUAUAUAUCAUUAAGUGACCUCGCGACUCGACUCUUCACCCGCUUUCGCCACCGAGGCGACCACGAAGACUUGGAUCAGGGUAUCACAUUUGAUACUGAGGCACUGGCCUUGUGCCCGGUCGGCCACCCAUCUCGGUCCGCGUCAUUACACAACCUCGCGACCCAAUUUUCCACCCGCUUCGAACGUCGAGGCAAUGACGAAGAUUUGAAUCGGGCUAUCGCACUUCACAGGGAAGCACUGGCCCUAUGCCCGGUCGGUCACACAGGUCGGUCUGUUACAUUAAAUAGCCUUGCGAAUACACUCUCCACUCGUUUUCGCCACCGAGGCGAUGACGAAGAUUUGGAUCGGGCUAUUGGACUUCUCAGGGAAGGGCUGACAUUGCGUCCGGUCGGUCACACAGAUCGGUCCAAUUCAUUAAUUAGCCUUGCGAAUCGACUCUCCGACCGCUUUGACCACCGGGGCAACGACGAAGAUUUAGAUCAGGCCAUUACACUUCUCAGGGAGGCGCUAGCCUUGCUCCCAGUCAGUCACACAAAUCGUUCUGAGGCAUUAAUUUGCCUUGCGAAUGCGCUCUCCACCCGCUUUAAACACCGAGGCAACAAUGAAGACUUAGACCAAGCUAUCGCACUUCAGACGGAGGCGCUGGACUUGCACCCAGUCGGUCACAUAGUUCGGUCCAAGUCAUUAAAUAACCUAGCAGGUCAACUGUCUGCCCGCUUUGACCUCCGAGGCAAUGACGAAGACUUAGACCAGGCUAUCUCACUUUAUCAUGAAGCACUGGCCUUGCAUCCGAUCGGUCACAAAGAUCGGUCCGUGUCAUUAAGCAACCUUGCCAGUCAACUCUCCAUCCGCUCCAAGCACCAAGGCAACGAUGCAGACUUGGAUCAGGCUAUCACACUUCACAGGGAGGCACUGGCCUUGCGCCCGGUCGGUCACACAGAUCGACCCACGUCAUUACAUAACCUUGCGAAUACACUCUCCAUCCGCUUUGAACACCAACACAGCAGAGAAGACUUCGACGAGUCACGAAACAGCCUAGUCUGUGCAUUGUCUCUGUUGACGCAGCAUGAUCCUCGUCAAACCCUAGUCCAUAACUUGCUAGCUCAUGUCUAUCUGUUGUUCCAUAGAUCAAGGCUUGAUGGCACCAGCGUAGGUGAAAAUGUGGACAGUCUCGAUACUGCUAUGAAUCAUCUCAAGGCAGCAGCAAAUGUUGCCUCUGGACACUUGCCAUUCCGCCUGCGAGGAAGUCUCGGCUGGGCUAGCGUUGCCUCCCAAUAUUCACAUACCACUGAACUGGAGGCAUAUGCAACUUCCAUGCAGCUUCUAGAUUCUUAUAUGUCUACUACAGCUUCAGUAUCGUCUCGUCACAACGUCAUGAAGGACUUCCCAAGUACACUCGCCGUUGAUGCUGCAUCGCGCGCUCUUCGUAGUGGUGAAGUGCGUCGCGCUGUUGAGUUGUUGGAACAAGGCAGGACUAUCAUCUGGACCCAGAUGACACGACUCCGCAUGCCUCUUGACAGCCUCGAGACCUGCGGUGAUCAUGCAGUGACCCUGAUGAAGAGAUUCAGGGGCCUCAGCUCCCUCCUUGAUAAACCUCCUGCGAUGCUUCUAGAAGGGACUCCAAGAGUCGAUGCGGAAGCAGAAGAAAACCGAUAUAGGCGUCUAGUGGAGGACUGGAAUAGAGUUGUAGAAGAGAUACGCAAGAUUGAGGGCUUCUCUCGCUUCCUCCUUCCCCCCUUAUUCUCCGAUCUUCAAGAUGCAGCUCGUGAUGGGCCUAUCAUCUUGCUCGUCGCAAGCAAGUGGUCUUGCCAUGCCAUUAUUAUCCCACACAAGCAACCUCCGAUCAGCAUCCAACUCUCUACCAGCGUUGAGAAGCUCCAAAUAUUGGUGGACAAACUCCAUCGCACAGAUAGUCCAGCGCUUAAAAAAGCCUUAACUGAGUUGUGGGAUGACGUCGUCCGCCCGGUGGUCGAGAAUCUGGAUGGAAUUGCACCACGAGGUUCUCGAAUAUGGUGGUGCCUGACAUCUGUCUUCAAUUUCUUGCCUUUGCACGCUGCUGGCGAGUACAGGAAAAAUGGGCAGUUCCUUUCACAGCUCUACAUCUCUUCAUAUACGCCAUCGCUCACCGCAUUGAUCAAGGCUCGCCGAAGUCAUGAGAGGUCCCCGUCGGUACCCUUCGUUGCCAUUGGUCAGAAUCGCCCAGCCGGUGCCUCAUUCACUUUGGAUGCUGUAGAGCCUGAGCUGGAAUUGGUGCGGAAACUUUUGCCCCCUUCCCCAACUGUUUCCUUCUCCAAGAUCACCAGUGUUGAUGCCACGAAAUCGAGAGCACUGUGCGCAUUGCGAGACAAUACUUGGCUUCAUCUCGCAUGUCACGGGACGCAGAACAUUGCGGAACCCUUCAAAUCGGCAUUUCUUAUGCGCGACGAGCCGCUUUCGCUCCUCGACAUCACACAAACAGAUCUUUCUCAGCACCAAUUUGCAUUUCUUUCUGCCUGUGAAACCGCAGUGGGUGACCAUUAUACUCCUGAUGAAGUGAUACACCUAGCGGCUGGCCUGCAAUUUGCCGGGGUUAAGAGCGUCAUUGGGACAUUGUGGAAGGUCAACGAUAGUACUGUGCACCGCUUAGUCGAGGCAUUCUACAAAAACCUUUGUGGGAAUGGCACAAUGAACUCUAAACGAGCUGCCCGGGCGCUACAUCAAGCGGUCCUGUCGUUGGCUCGUGACAAGGAUAAUCCAUUACCCUUGGAUCAGCGCAUAUUGUUCGUGCAUAUUGGCAUAUGA